AUGUCGAAACUCUCCGAGCCGCUGAAACAGCUUAUCAACGCUGCCCACGCCAGACCGGGCCCUCUGAGCCCCCCGGCCAAUAUCCGCUCGACAUAUUCCCGCAUCGCUGCGAGCGCGCAAGAGCAAGGCGUCGGGCUUCCCGCGUGGGUGACCAUCUCUACCGCGGCCACCAUCACAGUCAACUCGCCCGGGUCGCUGGUUGAACUAUUCAACCUGACACAGACGCUGUCGUCAUCAUCGCCAUCGUCGUCACCGUCAUCGUUAUCAUCACCACCAUCGUCGUCGUCGUCGUCAUCAUCACCAGUAUCAACAGCAUCACCACCACCACCACCAGAAAUCGCCGGGCUCAUACGCGAAGUCGGCCUCAAAUGUAUUUCAUUCAACGGAAUCCCACGCACCAUCAACUGCCUAGCCGGGUUCCGCGAGGGCCUACCGCGCGAAAUAUUCGACGCAAUCCCCACCCCGCCCUCACGCAAGAUCGACUCCCACAACGCCGACCAAGUCGUAUCCCGGGGCAGAGCACUAUGGAACUCCAUCUACCGCCCAUUCGAGACCAAGCUGUACGACAAGCUCGGCCAGAGCCACCCCAACCUGCCGGUACACAUCCUCGCGGCGCACUACGGCACGCUGCUAUCAGACCCGGACUCGACGCCCCCGCCCGCCGUGCAGGUCGGUCGGGUCUUGACUUCGAUCGUGGGCAUUGCGUGUCUGCGGGCCCAGACGGGUGUGGCUCCGCAGCUGAUCAGCCAUGUGUUUGGGCUGAGGAAGGCGUAUGAGGACGGCACGGCUGAGAAAGCGGUCGAAGGUGGCGAGUGGUUGGCCACUGAUGAGGGGAACCAAUGGAUCCUGCAGGUCGUGGAUGAGAUUGUCUAUGCGCUGACGGGGGGGAGAGGCACGACUUUUGCCCCUGGUUCGGGGUCAGGUUCAAACGGGGGAGUGGGAGGUGUCAAGCCGAAACUGUAA